AUGGCUUUCAACGGUCCCGGCGGCGGCCAAGGCGGGGGACAUCCGCUCCAGGAUCUUCCCUCAGGCAGUAGCUAUCACCUCCCCCCUCACGAGCAAGAGGAAGAGGCCGGACGGUAUCUGCUGAAUGAGCCUGGCUCGCAUGGCUACGAGCACGAUCGACUUGGUGCUGGGACUCCCCCCGACCGCCCAGUCUCGGCUUACAGUCUCACCGAGUCCUAUGCUCCGGGAGCCUCGCCCAUCGGCACUCCUGGCCUGGGCAGCGACAACGGAUACCAGUACGGACAGGGGCCUGGAUACGACUUCCCCCGCCCCGCCUCCACUGUCCACGACAACGACGACGACAGCUGGGUGCAGAGACAGCAGCAGCCCGCCGGCGGCGGUCUGAAGCGUUACAACACCCGAAAGGUCAAGCUUGUCCAGGGCUCCGUCCUGUCCAUCGACUACCCCGUGCCCAGUGCCAUCAAGAACGCGAUCCAGCCUCAGUACCGCGAUGUCGAGGGCGGCAACGAGGAGUUCGUCAAGAUGCGGUACACCGCCGCCACCUGUGACCCCAACGACUUCACCCUGAAGAACGGCUACGACUUGCGGCCGCGCAUGUACAACCGUCACACCGAGCUGCUGAUUGCCAUUACAUACUACAACGAAGACAAGGUCUUGCUUGCCAGAACUCUGCACGGUGUGAUGCAGAACAUCCGCGACAUUGUCAACCUCAAGAAAUCGACCUUCUGGAACAAGGGAGGUCCUGCCUGGCAGAAGAUUGUCGUGUGCUUCGUCUUUGACGGUAUCGACAAGGCUGACAAGAACACCCUGGACGUGCUCGCCACUAUCGGUGUGUACCAGGACGGUGUCGUCAAGAAGGAUGUCGACGGCAAGGAGACCGUCGCUCACAUCUUCGAGUACACCAGUCAGCUCUCCGUCACGCCCAACCAGCAGCUCAUCCGACCCUCUGGUGACAGCCCGCAGAAUCUGCCCCCCGUGCAGUUCAUCUUCUGUUUGAAGCAGCAGAACACCAAGAAGAUCAACUCUCACCGUUGGCUGUUCAACGCCUUUGGCCGAAUCUUGAACCCCGAAGUCUGCAUUCUUCUUGAUGCUGGUACCAAGCCCAGCCCCCGCUCGCUGCUGGCUCUGUGGGAGGGCUUCUACAACGACAAGGACCUCGGCGGUGCUUGUGGUGAGAUUCACGCCAUGUUAGGCAAGGGCGGCAAGAAGCUGCUCAACCCCCUGGUCGCCGUGCAGAACUUUGAGUACAAGAUCUCCAACAUUCUCGACAAGCCCCUGGAGUCUUCGUUUGGCUACGUCAGUGUGUUGCCCGGUGCCUUCUCGGCUUACCGAUUCCGGGCCAUCAUGGGACGUCCUCUGGAGCAGUACUUCCACGGUGAUCACACCCUGUCCAAGAUUCUCGGCAAGAAAGGUAUCGACGGCAUGAACAUCUUCAAGAAGAACAUGUUCUUGGCCGAAGAUCGUAUUCUCUGUUUCGAGCUGGUCGCCAAGGCUGGUCAAAAGUGGCAUCUGACCUACAUCAAGGCCGCCAAGGGUGAGACAGACGUUCCCGAAGGUGCUGCCGAAUUCAUCAGUCAGCGUCGUCGUUGGCUCAACGGUUCGUUCGCCGCCUCUCUGUAUGCGCUGAUGCACUUUGGCCGCAUGUACAAGAGUGGACACAACAUCAUCCGCAUGUUCUUCUUGCACAUUCAGCUCAUCUACAACUUCCUCAACUUGAUCUUCUCCUGGUUUUCUCUGGCUUCCUACUACCUGACCACCACGGUCAUCAUGGACCUUGUUGGCACCCCGGUUAUCGCUUCCUCCAACUCGUCUGAGCACCACGGCUGGCCUUUUGGAGAUGAGGCGACGCCCAUCAUCAACACGCUGCUCAAGUACCUCUAUCUCGCGUUUGUUAUCCUGCAGUUCAUCCUUGCUCUGGGUAACAGGCCGAAGGGUUCCAAGUUUACGUAUAUCGCCUCCUUCAUGCUCUUUGCGCUGAUUCAGGGCUACAUCUUGGUUCUCUCCGUCUUCCUGGUCGUGCAAGCGUUCAACACACCCAUCGAAGACCAGAUCAACUUUGACUCUGGAGAAGACUUUGUCAAGAGUUUCUUCUUUGGAGCAGGUGCUGCCGGUGUCAUCAUUAUCGCCCUGAUCACCAUUUACGGCCUCUACUUCAUCGCUUCUUUCCUCUACCUGGACCCCUGGCACAUGUUCCACUCUUUCCCCCACUACCUGCUGCUCAUGUCGACCUACAUCAACAUUCUCAUGGUGUACGCGUUCAACAACUGGCACGACGUGUCCUGGGGUACCAAGGGUUCCGACAAGUCCGAGGCUCUUCCGUCUGCCAACGUGCAGAAGGGCGAGAAGAACGAAGUAGUUGUUGAGGAAAUCGAGAAGGAACAGGAGGAUAUCGACAGCCAGUUCGAGCAGACUGUGCGACGAGCCCUGGCUCCCUUCAAGGAGGAGGAGGAGAUUGAGAAGAAGGACGUGGAGGACGGUUACAAAUCUUUCCGUACCGGUCUGGUCGUCUCUUGGUUGUUUUCCAACAUCAUCCUCAUCAUUGGUGUCACCACCGACGACUUUGCUCAGUCCGGUUUUGUGGGAACUGCCUCCAGCCGUACUGCCAACUUCUUCAAGUUCCUUCUGUACGCUACCGCCGUGCUGUCUCUGAUCCGCUUCAUCGGUUUCCUCUGGUUCCUGGGCAAGACGGGUCUCAUGUGCUGCUUCGCCAGAAGGUAA